AUCGGGCUCCGCUCGCCGGAAGUAGAACCUCUGCCCCCGGCGCAUUACGCAUCCUCCGCGCCGGAAGAGCGCCCCGCUCGGUCCGGCCGCUUCCCCCACAGCCCAGUAGGAGGGGCGGCUGGGCCGCCGGGCUGUGCAGCUGGGAGUCGUCGGCAGCGCGGAACUUCGGCGCACGAGGAGCCAAGGAGCGACCUGCGUUGCCGGGAGAGGGAGGGGGAAGGAAGGUCGCGUAGCGGGGCGACACGUCGCUGCGGAGGGAUCCUGUUUCUGUUGGCGGAGGGAUUUGGUCGCACGCCGACUUCCGGUGAGCCCCGAUCCGAGAGGAAAAGCCCCGAAGGAAACAAUAACAAACGCAGGAGGAAGCGGUUUUGGGGUUCGUGUGUUGAGCGGGUCUCGCCCGAGAAGAUGAGCUUCGGCCCCUGUCAGGGGACGUGAGCGCAAUCGCCGGGCCCCAGCCAGCGUUUCUCCCCGUGGGCCCCCGGUGCCACCAUGGCGGCCGUGGGGCCGGGGGGCUACGCGGCGGAGUUCGUGCCGCCUCCGGAGUGCCCGGUCUUUGAGCCCAGCUGGGAGGAGUUCACAGACCCGCUCAGCUUCAUCGGCCGCAUCCGGCCCCUGGCGGAGAAAACCGGCAUCUGCAAAAUCCGACCGCCCAAGGAUUGGCAGCCUCCAUUUGCAUGUGAAGUAAAAAGCUUCCGUUUUACUCCCAGAGUCCAGCGUCUGAAUGAACUUGAGGCAAUGACCAGAGUGAGAUUGGACUUCUUGGAUCAACUAGCAAAAUUUUGGGAGCUUCAGGGGUCUACCCUCAAGAUCCCUGUGGUGGAGAGAAAAAUUCUGGAUCUCUAUGCUUUAAGCAAGAUUGUUGCCAGCAAAGGUGGUUUUGAAAUGGUCACCAAAGAGAAGAAAUGGUCUAAAGUGGGUAGCCGCUUGGGAUAUCUGCCAGGAAAAGGAACUGGGUCUCUUUUGAAGUCACAUUAUGAAAGAAUUCUCUACCCAUAUGAGCUUUUCCAGUCUGGUGUCAGCCUUAUGGGUGUACAAAUGCCUAAUUUAGAUCUUAAGGAAAAAGUGGAGCCUGAGGUUCUUGGCACUGAUGUCCAAACUCCCCCAGAGCCGGGCACAAGAGUGAACAUUCUGCCGAAGAGAACAAGGCGUGUCAAGUCUCAGUCAGAAUCUGGAGAAGUGAAUAGAAACACGGAACUGAAGAAACUUCGGAUUUUUGGGGCUGGGCCUAAGGUUGUGGGCUUGGCAAUGGGAGUAAAAGAUAAAGAAGAUGAGGUCUCCCGAAGACGAAAAGUUACCAACAGGUCAGACGCAUUUAACAUGCAAAUGAGACAACGGAAAGGAACUCUCUCUGUUAACUUUGUUGAUCUUUACGUUUGUAUGUUUUGUGGUCGGGGAAAUAAUGAAGAUAAAUUGCUGUUGUGUGAUGGAUGUGAUGACAGCUAUCAUACAUUUUGUUUAAUUCCCCCACUACCUGAUGUGCCCAAAGGAGACUGGAGGUGUCCUAAAUGUGUCGCUGAGGAAUGUAAUAAACCUAGAGAAGCCUUUGGAUUUGAACAAGCUGUACGAGAGUAUACACUUCAGAGCUUUGGAGAGAUGGCAGAUAAUUUUAAGUCUGACUAUUUCAAUAUGCCAGUUCAUAUGGUUCCCACAGAACUGGUGGAGAAGGAAUUCUGGCGGCUGGUGAGCAGCAUUGAAGAAGAUGUUAUCGUAGAGUAUGGAGCUGACAUCUCCUCAAAAGACUUUGGAAGUGGAUUUCCUGUAAAGGAUGGUCGGAGAAAGAUGCUGCCAGAAGAAGAGGAAUAUGCGCUUUCUGGUUGGAACUUGAAUAACAUGCCUGUUCUGGAGCAGUCUGUUCUUGCACAUAUCAAUGUGGACAUCUCUGGCAUGAAGGUGCCAUGGCUUUAUGUGGGAAUGUGCUUCUCUUCCUUUUGCUGGCACAUCGAAGAUCACUGGAGCUAUUCCAUCAACUACUUGCACUGGGGGGAGCCAAAGACAUGGUAUGGUGUGCCAUCUCAUGCUGCAGAACAACUGGAGGAGGUGAUGAGGGAGCUGGCCCCUGAGUUAUUUGAAUCCCAGCCUGAUCUCCUACAUCAGUUAGUCACCAUCAUGAACCCCAAUGUGCUAAUGGAGCAUGGUGUGCCUGUGUAUAGGACGAAUCAGUGUGCUGGCGAGUUUGUUGUGACGUUUCCUCGGGCCUAUCACUCUGGAUUUAAUCAAGGCUACAACUUCGCUGAGGCUGUGAACUUCUGUACUGCUGACUGGUUGCCCAUUGGCCGUCAGUGUGUCAGUCAUUACCGUCGGCUGAGGCGCCAUUGUGUCUUCUCGCACGAGGAACUAAUUUUCAAGAUGGCAGCAGAUCCGGAAUGCUUGGACGUGGGGCUUGCCGCCAUGGUGUGCAAGGAGUUGACUCUCCUGACUGAAGAGGAGACACGGUUAAGGGAGUCUGUUAUGCAGAUGGGCGUCCUGAUGUCGGAAGAAGAAGUGUUUGAACUUGUUCCUGAUGAUGAGCGACAGUGUUCAGCAUGCAGAACCACCUGUUUUCUCUCUGCUCUCACGUGUUCCUGUAAUCCUGAGCGGCUUGUGUGUCUCUACCAUCCAACUGAUCUGUGCCCCUGCCCCAUGCAGAAAAAAUGUCUUAGAUAUCGCUACCCAUUAGAGGACCUCCCUUCUCUGCUGUAUGGUGUGAAAGUCAGGGCACAGUCGUAUGACACUUGGGUCAGUCGUGUUACAGAAGCAUUAGCUGCCAACUUCAACCACAAGAAAGAUUUGAUUGAAUUACGAGUAAUGCUGGAAGAUGCUGAGGAUAGGAAAUAUCCAGAAAAUGAUCUCUUUCGAAAACUCAGGGAUGCUGUAAAAGAAGCUGAGACCUGUGCUUCUGUGGCUCAGCUGCUUCUGAGCAAAAAGCAGAAGCACAGGCAGAGCCCAGAUAGUGGGAGGACUCGGACCAAACUGACAGUGGAAGAGUUGAAGGCCUUUGUCCAACAGCUUUUUAGUCUUCCAUGUGUCAUCAGCCAAGCUCGACAAGUAAAGAAUCUACUGGAUGAUGUGGAAGAGUUUCAUGAACGUGCUCAGGAGGCCAUGAUGGAUGAAACCCCAGAUUCUUCCAAACUGCAGAUGUUGAUAGAUAUGGGCUCUGGUCUCUACGUGGAGCUACCUGAAUUAGCCCGACUCAAGCAAGAGCUACAGCAGGCUCGAUGGUUGGACGAAGUACGACUGACCCUGUCAGAUCCACAACAGGUCACUUUGGAUGUCAUGAAGAAAUUGAUAGACUCUGGGGUGGGGUUGGCGCCCCACCAUGCGGUGGAGAAAGCGAUGGCUGAGCUUCAGGAGCUCCUCACGGUCUCUGAGCGAUGGGAGGAAAAGGCCAAGGUCUGCCUGCAGGCAAGACCACGGCACAGUGUGGCAAGUUUAGAAAGCAUCGUGAAUGAAGCUAAGAAUAUUCCAGCCUUUCUACCCAAUGUGUUGUCCCUGAAAGAAGCCUUACAAAAGGCUCGAGAAUGGACAACUAAAGUGGAAGCUAUUCAGAGUGGCAGCAAUUAUGCUUACUUGGAGCAGCUGGAAAGCUUAUCUGCCAAAGGCCGCCCUCUCCCUGUGCGUCUUGAUGCGUUGCCCCAGGUGGAGUCACAAGUGGCGGCAGCACGGGCCUGGAGAGAACGGACUGGGAGGACCUUUCUUAAGAAGAAUUCCAGCCACACGUUGCUCCAGGUGCUUAGUCCCCGAACUGACAUUGGUAUUUAUGGGAGUGGAAAAAAUAGAAGGAAAAAAGUAAAAGAACUAAUAGAAAAAGAAAAAGAAAAGGAUCUGGACCUUGAACCUCUGAGUGAUCUGGAGGAGGGAUUGGAGGAAACCAGAGAUACAGCCACAGUGCAAAAAGAGGUUAGUAGUGUUCUCAUUUUUCGGAAGACUGAGAUUCAGAAAACUUGUAACCCGGAUCAGGAGUCUGUUAAGUGCAAGAGCCAGGCCUCAUACCAAGGCUGCUUGAUUUCAAGGCAUACCAUCUUUCUACUGCACCCUAUAGAAGAAUUAAAAAGUACUCUACUGAUGCGAAUUGUGGCAGUUUUCAAAGAACGGGAGCAAAAAGAGAUUGAAGCCAUGCAUUCCCUCAGAGCAGCCAACCUAGCCAAGAUGUCAGUGGUAGACCGCAUAGAAGAAGUAAAAUUUUGCAUUUGCCGCAAGACAGCGAGUGGGUUUAUGCUCCAGUGUGAGCUCUGCAAAGACUGGUUUCAUAACAGCUGUGUUCCUCUUCCUAAGUCAAGUUCCCAGAAGAAAGGGUCUAGCUGGCAGGCUAAAGAAGUAAAGUUCCUUUGCCCUCUCUGUAUGCGGUCUCGAAGACCUAGGCUAGAGACCAUUCUGUCCCUCCUGGUAUCCCUUCAGAAGUUGCCUGUACGGCUGCCUGAAGGAGAGGCCCUUCAGUGUUUGACAGAACGUGCAAUGAGUUGGCAGGACAGGGCCCGGCAAGCCCUGGCCACCGAUGAGCUGUCCUCUGCCCUGGCCAAGCUCUCUGUGUUGAGCCAGCGGAUGGUGGAGCAGGCAGCUCGGGAGAAAACUGAAAAGAUCAUCAGCGCAGAGCUCCAGAAAGCCGCUGCCAAUCCAGACUUACAGGGACACUUGCCUAGUUUCCAGCAGUCUGCUUUUAACCGGGUGGUGAGCAGUGUAUCUUCUUCCCCUCGGCAAACGGUGGACUAUGAUGAUGAAGAGACGGAUUCUGAUGAAGACAUUCGGGAGACAUAUGGCUGUGACACGAAGGACACAGCCAGUGUGAAAUCCUCCAGCAGUCUGGAGCCCAGCCUAUUUUGUGAUGAAGAGAUUCCCAUCAAGUCCGAGGAGGUGGUCACGCACAUGUGGACGGCACCCUCCUUCUGUGCUGAGCAUGCUUAUUCGUCUGCUUCUAAGAGCUGUUCUCAAGCUAUCAGUGGAGGGGCAUGAGGUGCUGAGAAAGACAGCUAAGGUGCUCUGCUGCUUGGAGUGUGGUGGAUGGAUAGAGGGCUGUUUAGGGAAUAAUUUAUGUUCAUAAUAGGUAUUUGCCUGCAUAUUUGACUGAGAGAAAAACGCAAGGCAGUCUCCAACCAUGAAUAGCUCCCUGUUUAUCUUCUCCAACCAUGAAUAGCUCCCUGUUUAUCUUCUGACAUUUUGAAACUCAAAUAUAUCAUUUAAUUGAUACUGUGGGAUUUUCUGUAUUUAUUUGAAAGUCACAGAGGAUUUGGUCUGACUUUUGACCAUUUAGACCAAAGGUUGAGAACAGAUGAGAGACAGUUUAAAAGAAGAAAGAGAAAAGAAAAAUAUAUAGAAAUGUGUAAUUUUGUAAUUAGUGAACUAAGAUUCAUCUGUUAAAGAAAUGACGAUGUUUUUUCACUUAGAGGAAAGUACUUAUUUUACAAAGUAACUCCAUUCUGCGGUGUUGUAACAUUUCAUAUUAAAACUUGAUUUAAAAUGUUUCUUUACCCUUCCUAUCUCCUCAGAGUCGCAAUUCUGCACCACUCGUUCUUUAACUUAUUCGUUAAUUCUUUCAAAGAUAUUUCUCACCACGUUCAUUAUAAACCAUUUUGGCAAAGGUUAUAGGAAGGAAGAUGAAAACUGGUAGGUCAAGAGUAGGUCCUCGGAACCGCGCAAGUGCAACGACAGCUCUCUUGUGGUCCCUCCAGCCGGGGUUGGCCUCGCUGCCUGUAGUGACCCUGCAGAGAUGUGUGGAGACGCAGGGCCAGGCUCCUUCCCGAGCUGCUGCCUCCCAGCUCUUCCUGACUCACACGUGGGCAUCACGGAACAACAGCUACUGCAAGUUACGCUUCAGAUAAUUGAAACGGCAGAUGUGAAACCUGGGUCGCCCGCGAUGUACUUGAAUAAUCAAAACCCCAGCGAGGGCUGACCUGUGAGAUGAGAACGAUUUCACCUGUGCUUCACUUCUCUACUUUUGUCUUUGACACACGUCCAAGAAAUGUCAGUUUGUUUGUUUCUCUUAAUUUUUAGAUUCUGAUGCAAUUCAGUGGGUAUAAGAGAAACUCCCUACUUGGCAAUAUUUUAAUUCUACAGUACAUUUGUGUGAAUAUCAGCCAGUGCUUAAAGUAGGAGGGUGAAACGGAAAACUGAGAAAGCCCUUCUUUCAGAGGGAGGGAUUAUCCACUUUUUAAGGAGAAAGUGGCAAUUUGAAGGGGAAUUUGAAAAUUGUGGGAAAAUUAAGCAAAGACCCACACGUAACCAGGUUCAGUAAAGGUAUACAUAUGAACUAGCUUCAUGUGUGUGUAAAAAGUUGCUUUUGCAGUACGUCCUUAAGUAUAAAUUUUUAAAAGCCGGCAAUUGGUUUGCCUUUUACCUUUUGAAAUCCCACUUUUUUGUUUGCUUUUAAUUAAGGCAUAUCAUUACUUUGGAUGUGGAUGUGCCGUGGCAUUUAGUAUUUAUAGCAUGAGAAGGAAAGAAUGGAUAUUAGUAUAUUUUGGAAUUCUAGUCUUCUCUUGGUCUGGAUCGUAUCCAGUCACCACUAUGCAACGAAUGAUGUGCACUGGGAAAGGAUGUGACGGGUUUUUAAAGAUGUGUCCUGCUUAUUCUUACUUUUGCAAUACUCCAAGAUGUCUAAACAGGAAUGUCUUUUGUAAGCCUCAAGACCUAUUGAUUAUUCUCUUACAUGUUUAGUUACCUGUUAGUGAGACACUUAAAUAUAAUAUGGACUCUAAUUUACCAGGGAUUUUGGUGGUGCCUUAUGAAAAGUAUAACUUGAUUUCUUGUUUUCUGAGCAUGUUUUGCAUUUCUUUUGUUUUCUGAAAGAACGUUAGGUAUAGUUAUUUGCAUUACAUCUAAAAAAUUUUUAAAAAUUGUGUGUGUGCUCAGGUCCCCCCUACCCUGUCAUUCAUAUUGGUGGCAACUCUAAGUGGUAACCAAGUAAAGGUAGAUUUUGGUAAUUGAUCUGAGAGUCACUUUUAACCUGUUGCAGAACAGUUUCUAAUGUGCAUUUGCUCUCUAUAAAACAAAGAACUGGCCUCAAAUAACUUCACCAGUGGUGUGAUUAGCCUGUUACAUUGCUGAGAAUAGUGUUUGCAGAAAGCGUGAAGUAGAAGUGAUUCCUGCAGAUUUCAUGUCUCUCUGUUUUCAGCAAGAGUCCAGCGAUGGCCAACAGACAUUUUCCCCACCGUUGAUUUCUUAAGCUGUUUAUCCCUUUGUAGCGAACCAGUGAUAAAAGCAGGAAAGAUGAAGAAAUACUUCCUUUUUCCUUUGGCCUCCUAGUACUUAAAACUAGCUCAAACUGCACCUUACACUUCAGAGAAGUAAAUGGCCCUUUUUGCUCAUUGCCGAGGUUAUCAGGUCAUGCAGGCGAGGGACAGAUCAUUGCUGAAAAUGUUAAGGUUCUGCCUGCAGUGAAAUUGGCCUCAAACAUGAAGUGUUUGAUUGUGUAUAUAUGUGUUAGGGAGGAGAAUUAGUGGGAAGAAGGAGGAAGAAAAAACUGGUAUCUGAACUUGGAAAGGAAUUUUCUUGCCAACAACAACAAAAAAACCAUGAAAUUUCGUAAGAUUGACAAA